AUGUCUUUACAGUUUUGGGAGGUGAUCAGCGAGGAGCAUGGAAUCAGUGCUACAGGAAUGUAUGAGGGGGAGGAUCCUCUUCAGCUGGAGAGGCUCAAUGUCUACUUCAACGAGGCAAAUGGUAAGAGAAAUGGAUACAUUAUUGAAAAGAAAGAGAGUUCUUCAGUCCACGGGGCUAUAAAGAUAUAUUAUCUUGGGCUGUAUUGAAUCAAAACCACUGACCAAAUGCAAAUCAUCUAUGACAUGUUCAUAUGUUCUUCCAGGUGGUAAAUAUGUCCCCCGGGGCCUGCUCCUUGACCUAGAACCAGGGACCAUGGACAGCGUCAGGGGCAGCCGCAUAGGAGCUCUCUUCAGGCCGGAUAACUUUAUACAUGGUGAGAGUAACGGUAGAUCUAAUCAAAGUUAUUGAUGACCGAAACGGUGGAUCUAAUCAAAGUUAUUGAUGACCGAAACGGUAGAUCUAAUCAAAGUUAUUGAUGACCGAAAUGGUAGAUCUAAUCAAAGUUAUUGAUGACUGAAACGGUGGAUCUAAUCAAAGUUAUUGAUGACCGAAACGGUAGAUCUAAUCAAAGUUAUUGAUGACUGAAACGGUGGAUCUAAUCAAAGUUAUUGAUGACUGAAACGGUAGAUCUAAUCAAAGUUAUUGAUGAUGAUGGAAACUCAAAAGUGAUACUCUUUUGACACUAUUAUAAUAUGCAUACAGUUUUUUAAAGGGAUAUUUCGCUUUUUUACAUUUAAAGUGGCACUCGUCUCCUUUUCACCUCAUUUAAUACCGGAUUUAUUUUACAAAAGGCACAUCUCAAUAGGUGGUCGAGGUAAGUCAUGACAUAGCACAAGUGCAGGUUCCUCUAUUGUUCCUCAAGCAAGGGGGGAGGCCGAUGACAUCACAGAUUCCCAUCAGACCAACUCCUUGAAUGCCCUACUACUUGAAGGUUGCAGUUGUGUCUAAAAAAACACACAUUCUGCCAAAAAAUAUUUUUUACCAUUUAGUGUGAGUAUUGUACUGUAUUUAUAUUUAGGAUAUCGCUUUUCUUGGGAUAUCGCAGUAAAUGUUCAAAAAUCGCUGGAGGACUUCUUUAAGCUUAUUUACAAUGUACUGAUUUUGUACGUUUGCCCACUGACAAAGAAAUGAUCAGUCUAUAAUUUUAAUGGUAGGUUUAUUUGAACAUUGAGAGACAGAAUAACAAACAAAAAAAUCCAGGAAAACACAUGUCAAUCAUUUUAUAAAUUGAUUUGCAUUUUUAUGAGGGAAAUAAGUAUUUGACCCCCUCUCAAUCAGAAAGAUUUGUCUUUUAUACAGGUAACUCUUAAAGGGAGUGCUCCUAAUCUCAGCUUGUUACCUGUAUAAAAGACACCUGUCCACAGAAGCAAUCAAUCAAUCAGAUUCCAAACUCUCCACCAUGGCCAAGACCAAAGAGCUCUCCAAGGAUGUCAGGGACAAGAUUGUAGACCUACACAAGGCUGGAAUGGGCUACAAGACCAUCGCCAAGCAGCUUGGUGAGAAGGUGACAACAGUUGGUGCGAUUAUUCGCAAAUGGAAGAAACACAAAAGACCUGUCAAUCUCCCUCGGCCUGGGGCUCCAUGCAAGAUCUCACCUCGUGGAGUUGCAAUGAUCAUGAGAAGGGUGAGGAAUCAGCCCAGAACUGCAUGGGAGGAUCUUGUCAAUGAUCUCAAGGCAGCUGGGACCAUAGUCACCAAGAAAACAAUUGGUAACACACUACGCCGUGAAGGACUGAAAUCCUGCAGCGCCCGCAAGGUCCCCCUGCUCAAGAAAGCACAUAUACAUGCCCGUCUGAAGUUUGCCAAUGAACAUCUGAAUGAUUCAGAGGAGAACUGGGUGAAAGUGUUGUGGUCAGAUGAGACCAACAUGGAGCUCUUUGGCAUCAACUCAACUCGCCGUGUUUGGAGGAGGAGGAAUGCUGCCUAUGACCCCAAGAACACCAUCCCCACCGUCAAACAUGGAGGUGGAAACAUUAUGCUUUGGGGGUGUUUUUUUGCUAAGGGGACCUGACAACUUCACUGCAUCAAAGGGAUGAUGGACAGGGCCAUAUACCGUCAAAUCUUGGGUGAGAACCUCCUUCCCUCAGCCAGGGCAUUGAAAAUGGGUCGUGGAUGGGUAUUCCAGCAUGAAAAUGACCCAAAACACACGGCCAAGGCAACAAAGGAGUGCUUCAAGAAGAAGCACAUUAAGGUCCUGUAGUGGUCUAGCCAGUCUCCAGACCUUAAUCCCAUAGAAAAUCUGUGGAGGGAGCUGAAGGUUCGAGUUGCCAAACGUCAGCCUCGAAACUUUAAUGACUUGGAGAAGAUCUGCAAAGAGGAGUGGGACAAAAUCCCUCCUGAGAUGUGUACAAACCUGGUGGCCAACUACAAGAAACAUCUGACCUCUGUGAUUGCCAACAAGGGUUUUGCCACCAAGUACUAAGUCAUGUUUUGCAGAGGGGUCAAAUACUUAUUUCCCUCAUUAAAAUGCAAAUAAAUUUAUAACAUUUUUGACAUGCGUUUUUUUCUGGAUUUUGUUGUUGUUAUUCUGUCUCUCACUGUUCAAAUAAACCUACCAUUAAAACUAUAGACUGAUCAUUUCUUUGUCAGUGGGCAAACAUACAAAAUCAGCAGGGGAUCAAAUACUUUUUUUCCCUCACUGUAAGUUAGUUGCACUAACAUGAUGUACAAAAUUCUCUUUCUCUGUGUUUCUGUGGAAUAGGAAACUCUGGUGCUGGGAACAACUGGGCCAAGGGCCACUAUACAGAGGGGGCUGAGCUUGUGGACACCGUGAUUGACAGGGUGCGUCAGGAGAGCGAGGGAUGCGACUGCCUUCAGGGCUUCCAGUUCGUCCAUUCCCUGGGUGGUGGGACGGGCUCCGGGAUGGGCACCCUCAUCAUCAACAAGAUCCGCGAGGAGUACCCCGACCGCAUCAUGACCAGCUUCAGUGUCAUGCCCUCUCCCAAGGUGUCAGACGUCGUGGUGGAGCCUUACAACGCCACGCUGUCCAUCCACCAGCUCCUAGAGAACACGGACGAGACCUUCUGCAUUGACAACGAGGCUCUCUACGACAUCUGCUUCCGUACAUUGAAGCUCACCACCCCGACCUACGGUGACCUGAACCACCUGGUGUGUAUGACCAUGAGCGGGGUCACGACCUCCCUGAGGUUCCCCGGCCAACUUAAUGCCGACUUGAGGAAGUUAGCUGUCAACAUGGUGCCCUUUCCCCGUCUCCACUUCUUCAUGUCGGGCUUUGCACCGCUCACAGCUCGCGGCAGCCAGAAGUACCGCACCCUCUCUGUGCCCGAGCUCACCCAGCAGAUGUUUGAUGCCCGUAAUAUGAUGACCGCCUGCGAUCCCCGAAGAGGGCGCUAUCUGACUGUGGCUGGGAUGUUCCGUGGCAAGAUGUCCACCAAGGAAGUGGACGAGCAGAUGCUGAUGAUGCAACAGAGGAACAGCAACUACUUUGUGGACUGGAUCCCUCACAACUGUAAAGUAGCCGUAUGUGACAUCCCACCUCGGGGGCUCACAAUGGCUUCCACCUUCAUUGGCAACAACACGGCCAUUCAGGAGAUCUUUCGUCGCGUGGGAGACCAGUUCUCGCUCAUGUUCAGGCGCAAGGCCUUCCUGCACUGGUACACUGGGGAGGGCAUGGACGAGAUGGAGUUCACCGAGGCAGAGAACAACCUGAAUGACCUGGUGUCAGAGUACCAGCAGUACCAGGAUGCCACGGCUGACGUGGAGGGGUGGGGGCCCGAGGAGGUGGCUGGGGAAGAGUCGGCGUCACCGGCUGCAACGAGAGUUCAGAGUACGGAAGUUACGACGAUGGAGACUGUGACAGAGACUCUUGAAACCAUUGAGACUAUAGCUGAGUAG